GAUAGAGUCAUGGACUCAUUCUAUUGUAGAACUCUGUUACUUAUACUAUCAGUCUGGAUGUGUACAGUGUUGUGGAUAUUUGACCAUGUUCAUCAUUCGAAAUUGACAAGAUGGAAAGGUAUCUCUAAUGAAGAAAAAUAUACAAAUGGAAUUAAAAAGCAUAAAGGAAUAAUCACAAACAAAACAUUUUAUAUGGUAGAAUAUUUGCACGAUACAAUGAGCACAUCUCACGAUGUUAACGCUACCAAAACAGGACUUUUAUGCCAUGUACAUAGCAACUGGAACACGCGAUACUUUUCCAAGAAAGUUACAACUAACUUUAGUUCAUGGACAUUUAAAGAACAGCAAAAUUGUCCCAAUAAACACAUUCUGGAAAAAAUUCGUGGAAUACAGCCACGAAUCACAUUUUCAAUGGCAUGCACAGAAAAACAUAUAAAGAUUCAGAAAAAUAUUUUUGAAAACGAAAAAUUAAAGAAUAAUGACGUUCUUUGCUUUCCAUUUGGUGACAAAUGCUUGGAAGCAUAUAUAAAUGAAUGCUGUCACGAUAGGAUGCCUGUUCCAAAUAUUUUGCACUACGUUAGAUACCAGAAACGUUCUCUCACCUUUUUUGAAUUUGUAAGUUUCAUUGGUGCAAUACGUUUUAUUAGGCCAUGCGCAAUUCUGAUUCAUGGCGAUACACUGCCGACCGGUUUCUACUGGAAAGGCAUCUUAAUGCUUUCUCCAAACAUUAUUCAUGUUAAAAGGGAACCGCCGGAUAAAAUAUUCGGAAAGAAGAUCAUUUAUAGGGAGCAUGCAGGAGAUAUCAUGCGAAUUGAAGCUUUACUUAUGUACGGAGGUAUAUACUUAGAUACAGAUACUGUUAUUGUUAAACCAUUGGACCCACUCCGGAAGUACUCAUGUACAAUGUCAAAACAGUCUUCCGUUUUUAUAUCGUCAGCUUUUAUAAUGGCGGAAAAGAAUGCAACAUUUCUGCAAAAGUGGUUGGAUGGUUAUAGAUAUCGCUACAAACCUAUGUCUUAUAUAUUUAAUGCUAUGGAAUUCCCAAAAUAUAUUUAUGAAAAGUUUAAGGACCAUAUUCAUAUUGAAUACGGGACACUUUCUAGACCUUUGACACAGAUAGGUUUCAAGAUAUACAAUACAAACUUCAGAUGGGGUGGUAUCUACGGAAUACACUUGUUUAGUAGAAGUUAUAGAAAGCCCAUGACAGUAAAACUCGUAAAAUACUUCAAUUCAACUGUUGGCUCUAUUUGUCGACAUGUCUUAUUUGGAAACAAAGAACUUUGUUUUAAAAAUUAAAACUUAAUUCAAACAUUCAUGGAAAAGAAAUAUGUACAUGAAUAUAAC